AUGGAAGAGGAGGACCCAGAAAGCCCUAGAAAUGGCAAGAGAUUGAGAAAAGGUCCCCAUCCCAUCCCAGCAGAGAGUGGUGCUGAAUUUUGGGAAAGAGCUCUGCCAGAGAUCUUGGCUCAGGACACUGCGAACACAGAUAUACGCAGCCGAUGCUUCCGACAGUUCUGUUACCACGAGGCUGAUGGGCCCCGAGAGAUGUGGGGGCGAUCCAUGAAGAUGGAAGCAAAGGUCUCUGAGGCAGAAGGAGCUCUGUCAGAAGAAAGUCAGAGGGCGCAGGCCCAGGAGGAUGCCCGAGAUGCCCUGUCAAGUGGAGCAGAUGUAGAGGAGACAGCUGGGGAAUUCCAGGGGUUCCCUUUGGAAAAAGCCAAGAAUGAAGAUGCCGAAGGAGACUAUGGAGAUGGACCUCAGAGGCAGGAGGGAAGCCAAGCAGCAGGGGAUGAUCAGAGGAAUGAGGAGAAUGAGGAACUGCAUACUCUAUCACUAGGUGAAGUCAAGAAUGAAGACUUGAGAGAAAACUCCAGAAACCAAGUUGUACCUAAGAGGCAGAAAAGAAGCCACAUCAUCCAGAAGAGGGUUAAACCCAUUCCUUGCAAAGGGGGGGAUCUUCAAGAAGUAAGGAAACUUCUGCUGAAGGAAACAUACAAGUGCUUGGCGUGUGGAAUGAACUUCUUGGAUAAAUCCCAGUAUAAUGUCCAUUUAUGGAUGCACAGUGGAAAGAAGACCCAUCGAUGGCUGGAGGCUGGAAAGACCAUGAUUCGCAGACCAGAGCUCCUUAGACUUCAAAGAACACAUAGAGGAGAGAAACCUUAUAGCUGCUCAGGCUGUGGCAAGAGAUUCUCAGAGAAAUCAGAUCUUGUUCAACACCAAAGGAUUCAUACAGGAGGGAAGCUAUUCAUUUGCUCAGGGACUGCGAUGAAAUUCUCUCUGGGAGGAAAAGGUAAUAUACGUUUUCCAAAGCACAGUAUAAUGAGUACAUGUAAAUGCUUUUCGUGUGGAAACUACUUCAAAUACAGAUCACAGCUCCUUGAGCACCAAAGAAUCCACAGAGGGGAGAAGCCCUCUAAAUGUUCAGAGUGUGGGAAGAGAUUCAGUUGCAGUGGUGCUCUUCAAAAGCAUCUAAGAAUUCACACAGGGGAGAAGCCUUUUGAAUGCUCACAGUGUGGAAAGAGAUUUGGUGACAGUGGCACUCUUCAAAUACAUCUAAGAACCCACACAGGGGAGAAGCCUUUUGAAUGCUCACAGUGUGGAAAGAGAUUCAGUCAGAGUGGAGCUCUUCAAAUACAUCGAAGAACCCAUACAGGGGAGAAGCCUUUUGAAUGUUCUGAGUGUGGGAGGCGAUUCAGUCGCAGUGACGCUCUUGAAAUACAUCUAAGAACCCACACAGGGGAGAAGCCUUUUGAAUGCUCACAGUGUGGAAAGAGAUUCAGUCAGAAUGGAACUCUUCAAAUACAUCGAAGAACCCAUACAGGGGAGAAGCCUUUUGAAUGUUCAGAGUGUGGGAGGCGAUUCAGUCGCAGUGGCGCUCUUCAAAUACAUCAAAGAACCCACACAGGGGAGAAGCCUUUUGAAUGCUCAGAGUGUGGGAAGAGAUUCAGUCGCAGUGCCCACCUUCAAACCCAUCUAAGAACCCACACAGGGGAGAAGCCUUUUGAAUGCUCAGAGUGUGGGAAGAGAUUCAGUCGGAGUGGCAAUCUUCAAAAUCAUCUAAGAACCCACACAGGAGAAAAGCCUUUUGAAUGCUCAGAGUGUGGGAAGAGAUUCAGUGAAAGUAGCAGUCUUCAAAAACAUCUAAGAACUCACACAGGUGAGAAGCCUUUUGAAUGCUCAGAGUGUGGGAGGAGAUUCAGUCGCAGUGGCAGUCUUCAAAAUCAUUUUAGAACCCACACAGGGGAAAAGCCAUUUGAAUGCUCAGAGUGUGGGAAGAGAUUCAGUAAUAGUGGCAAUCUUCAAAUUCAUCUAAGAACCCACACAGGGGAGAAGCCUUUUGAAUGCUCAGAAUGUGGGAAGAGAUUCAGUCAGAGUGGAACUCUUCAAAUCCAUCUAAGAACCCACACAGGGGAGAAGCCUUUUGAAUGCUCAGAGUGUGGCAAGAGAUUCCGUGACAGUAGCACUCUUCAAACACAUCAAAGAACCCACACAGGGGAGAAGCCUUUUGAAUGCUCAAGAAGAAUCCACACAGGGGAGAAGCGUUUUGAAUGCUCAGAGUGUGGGAAGAGAUUCCGUGACAGUGGCCACCUUCAAACCCAUCUAAGAACCCACACAGGGGAAAAGCCUUUUGAAUGCUCACAGUGUGGGAAGAGAUUCAGUCAGAGUGGCGGUCUUCAAAUACAUCGAAGAACCCACACAGGGGAGAAGGCUUUUGAAUGCUCAGAGUGCGAGGAGAGAUUCAGUUGUGGUGGUCAUCUUCAAGAUCAUAUAAGAACUCACACAGGAGAGAAGCCUUUUCAAUGCUUAGAAUGUGGGAAGAGAUUCAGUUAUAAUGAUUACGCCCUCUGGAGUUAG